AUGAAAUUACCAAAAUUCCGAAGAACAGUUUCUCCUUCAGAUGUAAAUCUGAUGAUCAAAGAAGCCAUAGAUUGGCACCAACUCCUCCUCUUCCACAUCGACAAAACCCCCACAAGAACACCUCUCCGCUUCAAACAAAUCCACGCCUUAUUCCUCACCACCGGCCUCGCCGUCCACUCUCACCCUUUCAGUCGCCUCCUGCUCCUCUCCUCUCUCCCUCCUGUCUCCUCCUCCCUCGGCGGCGACCUCUCCUACUCCAUUUCCCUCCUCCUCCACUCCCCUCGCCCUCCUUCCACUUUCCUCUCCAACACUCUCAUAUCUUCCCUCGCCACCUCUGGCCACCACUUCCUCGCUCUCUCUCUCUUCUCCACCAUCAGCACCGCCCCCAAUUCCCACACUUACCCUUCCCUCCUCAAAGCCUGCUCCAAUUCGUCUCUGCUCCUCCCCUCGGGCCUCGCUCUGCACGCCCAUCUCUUAAAAACACUUUCUUUUCCCCUCGAUCCGGUCGUCCUCACCUCACUCGUCUUCCUCCACUCCCGCCGCGGCCGCCACCACGCCUGCCGCCAUCUCUUCGAUCAGAUUCCAAACCCCGACCUUCCCGCCUGGAACGCCAUUCUCACCUGCUCCGCCGCGAAGGAAGUCCUCUCUCUCUUCCCAAGCUUCCAGCUUUCAUCUUCUCUCCCUAACGAGAUCACGCUUCUCUCUCUAAUUGUGGCCUGCGGCGACCUCAGCGCCCUCACCCAUGGGAUCUGGGCGCACGCCUAUAUUAACAGAAGCAGCAGCAGCCGUCGCCUCCUAGUCUGCAAUCACUUCUUAGGGGCCGCUCUGAUUGACAUGUACUCCAACUGCGGCCGCCUGGAUUUUGCCCACCAGGUGUUUGCCCGAUUGCCUCAAAAGGACACUUUCUGCUACAAUGCCAUGAUGAGAGGCCUUGCCACUCACGGAGACGGCCAUGGUGCUCUAGCUCUGUUUAACGAGAUCAUAAGAGAGGGAAUUCAACCGGAUGAGGUAACCUUUCUAAUGGCCAUGUCUGCCUGCUCGCACGCCGGACUAGUUGAUGAUGGCUGCCGGUUUUUCGAUCGAAUGGAAGCGGAAUUUGGAAUUUCGCCGAAGUUAGAGCACUAUGGCUGCCUAGUUGGUAUUCUCGGUCGAGCGGGAGAGCUCAAGGAGGCCGACAAAGUCAUGGGGAGAAUGCCUAUGGAGCCUAAUGGAAUGCUACUGAGAGCUUUGUUGGGAGCUUUCAGAAUUCAUCACAGGUUGAAGAUUGAUGAGAAAGUGAUGAAUAUGUUAAUGGAAUUGGAGCCUAAUAAUGGAGAAAAUUAUGUGUUGCUAUCAAAUAUUUAUGCAAAUUUUGGAAAAUGGGAUGGUGCAGUUCAGAUGAGGAAAAAGAUGAGGGAGAGAGGUUUGGGGAAAAGAGCUGGUUUAAGUGGUGUUGAGAUUGAUGGGGUUGUUGAGGAGUUUGUCAAUGGAGAUCAAUCGCAUCCUCAGAAAAAAGAGAUUUAUGAGAUGAUUGAUCAGAUUAGCAGGAGAUUUCAUGAUUGA